UUAAAGGAAAAUGGCUAAAACAUCAUCAGCAAGUCGUUUUUCUGUUCUUCACGAUGCGGCGGCUUCGGACGAAGAAACCGAACUGAGGCAAUCGAACAGUGGAGAAGGAGCAAACGCGCUGGGAAAAUCAGCUGCAAAAAACGCGAAGAAAAGAGCGAAGAAACGAGCAGCCAGAGCGGAGACGUCUGAUCGGCUUUUGAGCGCCAAUGGUACGUCACAAGGACGCGUGGAUACGUGGAAGGAUUGGCAGACGAGAGAUAAGAUCUUAGUUGAGGAUCAGUUUGAAAAGGAUCUGCAGGAAGCAAUACUGCAAAGUAAGUUAGAAGAGGAGAAACGACGGAAGGAUGAGGAGCGAAUGGCUCAGUUUGAGGCAUCGCUAUUGAAAGAAACUGAGGAGAAGAAGCAGAAGAAAGGGAAGGUCAAGAUGUCACUACAAGAGUGGCACUCUAGUCUUGACCCAGUGGAGCCAUCACACGACGUGGCAGGAUUAGACCCGUUACCAGUUCCUCCAGCGUUACAGGAGGAAGACAAGAAAACUUUGGGUAGUGAAUCUUCAUUUUUUGAUCGUGUUUCUCUGGAAGUUGCUGCUGAAAUGGAUCGCGAAGAGUUAAGUCGUGCAGUGAAGCUAUCACAGCAUAGUAAAGCGGAGGCUGCUAGAUUGGCUUAUGAGGUGGACAGCUUGGAGAAGAAAGACAAGACUAUUCAGGAGCUAUCAGUGCAAGUUCAGGCAUUACAGAGUGAGUUAAAAGAAGUUAAGCUGAGAAAUAAGCAGCUGUGCCAUAUUCUCAGUAAAGGAGAAAUGAAAGAGAAGAGUGAGCUUGUACAACAGUAUGAAGAGAUGGUGCAAGCGAAAGAUGAACUCACAACAGAGAUAAGUGAACUUCACGUAUCCUUGGAGCAAGAGCGAACGAAAGUAAAAACCCUCAAAUCAGAAAUACUGAAACACCAGAGACAUACAAGCUCGUCAUAGCUAAUACAUAGACACAUAUAUUCAUUAUACGGGUAUUCUGUUUAAAAAUUUGUUUCGUAAGUCUUUUUCGUCUAAAACAUGGAAAAGGAAGCAUUUAUUGCA